CGGUUUUCUCUAGUUUGACACUGGCACCUCCGCCGAGCGCGAGACGGUGUCUGAUUGGAGGUGGAAGAAGAAAAAAAGUGAAAUUGCGAGGUCGCAGUUCAAAGGGGAGGUUCUGCGGACCGGCUGAAGCGAAGCGGAAACUUUACUGCGACUCAGUUCAGCGGAAGUGAAGCCCGAGCGAAGUCUCUGCGAAACAGGUGUGAUCUUUUUUUGUUUGUGUAUGGUAGUUGUGCGACUCCCUGUUUGACGGCCCGAGGGAAAAAAAGAAGAAAAAGUUUCCGUCCCGUUGAGAAAAGCAACAACAUGUCGAACCUCCGACCCAAGCUGUGCCUGCUGGAGAAAGGAGCCAGCGGCUACGGGUUCCACCUGCACGGGGAGAAGGGCAAGAGCGGGCAGUUCAUCCGGCUCGUGGAGCCGGACACUCCCGCCGCCGAAGCCGAGCUUCGCGCGGGCGACCGCCUGGCGUUCGUGAACGGGGAGAGCGUGGAGGGCGAGAGCCACCAGCAGGUGGUCGCCCGGAUACGAGCCACCGUCGGGGCUCUGGAGCUUAUCGUCGUCGACCCCGACACGGCCGCGCUGCUGGAGAAGCGCAACCUGACGUGCCGGAAGGAGUUCGUCACCGAGGGGAUUCCCCCGGCCGCCGGGGGCGCGGGCGACAGCGACUCCGAGCGCGUGGACGCGCAGAGCAACGGCUCCUCGAGGGAGUCCACGCCCGCGCCGCGCGAGAACGGGGACGCAGCCUCGCAGAGGUCCGAGCGGCUGAGUGUCGCCUCCAGCACCAAGGAGGCGUUGGGCGGGCCGCGGCCGCGUCUCUGCCUCAUGAAGAAAGCCGCCGGCGGCUACGGCUUCAACCUGCACAGCGAGAAGUCCAAACCGGGCCAGUUCAUCCGGGCGGUGGACGACGACUCCCCGGCACAGAGGGCGGGCGUGAAGAUACGGGACAAGCUGGUCCAGGUGAACGGCAUGUCCGUGAUCGGCAUGCAGCACACGGAGGUGGUGGCGGCCAUCAAGGCGGGAGGAGACGAGACCGCGCUGCUGCUGGUGGACGGAGAGGCCGACGACUUCUUCCAGAGAUGCAACGUCGUGCCCACCGAGCAGCACGUCACCGGAGCUCUUCCUGAGCCGGUGUCAGAGAGAGCAUCAGAGGAGGAGGCGGAGCUGAAGCCUAAAGCGUCGGUGAGCUCGUCGGCCUCCUCCGCCUCCUCCACCUCCUCCACCUCCUCCAGGCCCAAAGCCACCAGCAGCUCUCCUCCAGCUGAGGUGGAAGCCGGCGGCCUGUCUCUGGGGAUGUCUCUGGCCCAGGUCAGAGACCGAGCCCGCCAGAAACGAGAAGCCAAGAAAGUGCCGACCAUGGACUGGAACAAGAGGAACGAACUGUUUGGCAACUUGUAAUCAUCAUCAUCAUCACCACCACAUCUUCUCCUCCUGCCGGUGUCUGCUCUCUGAAUCUGCUUCCACGUGACGCUCAUCUUCAUUUUGAACAUUUUAAUCUCAUGUUCUUCAGUAUUAUUAUACGAUGAUUUGUAUUUGUUUUCAUUUUCAGUUUUGCCACUUGACGUGUUUUUUGAAUAACGUUUCACACACACACGCAGGAAUGAAUGUUAAUAUAUUGAGUAGAAUGUGUAACAGGAGACCAAUAUCAUUGUAGUGUCUGCUAUGAACCGCGUGAAGAGGAGGAAAGUGUUAUCGGCUGAUAUUAAAUGAGAUUUUUUAUUUUAUUUUCAAAUCUACAGUUUGACACGAUUCAUAUUUUGACGUCUGCGAUCAGCAGCGUGAAUGGCGGUGUGUCCCUGGAGGCUGGAGAACUCUCCGGAGCCGGAGCGCGGCGUUCCCUGUUCAGUGUUGUCACACGAGUGACGCCUCGGGGUGAAAGCUCUGGUUCGCCUCACUGGAAACGGUCUUCAGGGGUUUACGGCCUCCGACUCAACAGAAUGACAUCAUCACGUUUCCACUUUGCUCUUAACAGACAUUUGUACAUAUUUGAUUAAACGAUUGAAGAUAUUUUAUUUCGACUGAUUGAGAGAAAUGAAGCUCCUCGGGAAGUCGUAUUGAUUUAGCUGAAAUGUGCAGGAAUGAAAGUGCAUCAGUUGGUCUGAGUAUCCAGUGACAGACGUGAACACAUGAAUGUACCGACGUGUUCUGACAAAAAACAUGUUGACCUACUGUUGCUAUGACUACACGUGUCUAUGGUUCACCGUGAGCUCGUCUAACGCGUCUCUGAUGGAGAGCAGAGGGUUGAGCGGGGGACCGUCGGUGAUGUCAUCUCAACGCCGAUUGGCUGACGACACGACGGCGAGACUCUAGUGUUCAGCAUCCAGACGUCGGUGCAUUGAGUUAAUUAAUCGUCCCAGUUCUCCUGCUAUGAGUUCCUCCAUCAGGUCUGAGUCAGUGACUGUUUAGCGAGAGCUGCUUCAUGUUUCUCACUAUUUACCUAUUAAUAAAAGUAAUCUGAAGAAAAGUUA